CAAAAUCUCGGGUAUGGCCUCUACAACCUCCGCAGCCGUGGUGCUUCAAGGUCUCUCUACCUCGUUCCUCUCGGGCUCUCGGGCCGCGAGAACUCUGCUCGCAGGGCCCAGGGCCGCCAGCCCUGGCUCGAUGGAUCGCUACCAGGCGACUUCGGGUUCGACCCUCUAGGCCUGGGCAAGGACCCAGCCUUCCUGAAAUGGUACCGCGAAGCCGAGCUCAUCCACGGGCGAUGGGCCAUGGCCGCCGUCCUUGGCAUCUUCGUGGGCCAGGCCUGGUCCGGCGUCCCAUGGUUCGAGGCCGGCGCUGACCCCAACGCGAUCGCGCCGUUCUCCUUCGGUUCCCUCCUCGGGACCCAGCUCCUGCUGAUGGGUUGGGUCGAGUCCAAGCGCUGGGUCGACUUCUUCAACCCCGAGUCGCAGUCCGUCGAAUGGGCGACCCCCUGGUCGAGAACUUCCGAAAAUUUCGCAAAUGCCACCGGCGAUCAGGGUUACCCCGGGGGCAAGUUCUUUGAUCCCCUGGGCUUGGCUGGCACGCUGAAGGACGGGGUGUACGUGCCCGACACCGAGAAGCUGGAGAGGCUGAAGCUGGCUGAGAUUAAGCACGCCAGGAUCGCUAUGCUGGCUAUGCUUAUUUUUUACUUCGAGGCCGGGCAGGGCAAGACGCCACUCGGGGCUCUGGGCUUGUGAUUUGUUUUUUUUCUGGCUUGGAAUUUGGGGCCGGUUUCUUUGUAAAUUAUAUUUGUGGGCGAGAUUUGGAUGAGUGGUGUACGCAUGCUUUGGAGCAGAACUAAUGAAUUUACUACUUUGAGCUACUUACUUUUA